UAACGGAAUGAUAGGGAUUCGUCGCUUCUAUAGAGAAAAUAUUGUAUAACGGUACCGUUACCGAAAGUCCAUCUUUAUCGUCCUUCUUGCGCAACACGUGUAGCUAUCUUGUACUUACAACAUAUCCUUUCACAAAAUUUAAACAUGAGCAGUGAUAAAAUUGCUUGUCCUAUAUGCUUUAAAGAAUUUUCUUCUUCAACGAUAGAAGGUCAUGUUAGUAAAUGUUUAUUUUUAAACGAAUCAACAAGCAAUGAAUCUUCAACAUCCUUUAAAGAUGGUAGUCCUAUUGGGAAAUUAAUAAAAUUAGAUGACACAAAAGCAAAAAGGAUUAAUUUAGGAACAAUGAAAAGGAAAAGCAAUUUAAUAGAAUCAACUUCAAUAAGCACAAAUGAUGAAAGUUCAAAAAUUUCGUCUAAUAGCAGUAUAAAUACAGAAAUUAAAAAGUCAUUUGGAAACGAUCAUGUACCACUUGCCGAACGGAUGAGACCUACAACACUUACAGGUUAUGUUGGACAAACGCAUAUUCUUGGGCCAUCCACUAUACUUUUUCAAUUAUUACAUAAAUCUGAAGUACCAAAUAUAAUUUUAUGGGGCCCACCUGGUUGUGGAAAGACAUCUCUGGCAAAUGUCAUAGCUCAUAUAUGCAAAAAUAAAUCAAAUGGUAAAAUGAGAUAUGUUAAAUUGUCUGCAGCAAUGGCUGGUGUCAGUGAAAUAAAAGAAAUGAUCACCAUAGCAUCUAAUGAAUUAAAAUUUAACAGAAGGACAGUAAUAUUUAUGGAUGAAAUACAUCGUUUUAAUAAAGCCCAACAAGAUGUAUUUUUACCUCAUGUUGAAUCUGGAACCAUUACAUUAAUUGGUGCUACAACAGAAAAUCCUUCAUUCAGUCUAAAUUCUGCACUUUUAAGUCGUUGUAGAGUCAUCGUUUUGGAAAAACUAACUGUACUUAAUUUAAUAUCUAUAUUAAAUCGAGCUGUAUCCUCAGUAGAUGGAAUAGUAUACAAAUCAUCAGAACCAUUAGAAAAUGCUUCAAAAAUACCAAAAUUUAUUAUAGAUGAACCAACUAUAGAAUGGUUGGCAGGAACAUGCGAUGGCGAUGCUCGAAUAGCUUUAGGUGGUCUUGAAUUAGCAAUACAAUGUAAAGUAUCAGGAGAAGAUUUUUUAAAAACUGGUCCUGUGACAAUCACAUUGAAUGACAUUAAGGAAGGUCUUAAGAAGACUCACAUGUUAUAUGAUAAGAAAGGUGAACAACAUUAUGAUAUGAUUUCUGCUCUACACAAAUCUGUUAGAGCAAGUGAUGAAAACGCUUCCCUUUAUUGGCUGACCAGAAUGAUAUUAGGCGGCGAAAAUCCGGUUUAUAUUGCACGAAGAUUAGUGCGAAUGGCAUGUGAAGAUAUUGGUUUAGCAGACCCGAAAGCACUUGGAAUUGCUGUACAUACAAUGCAUGGUUGUAAAAUGGUAGGAAUGCCCGAGUGUGAUGUUCUUUUAACACAAUGUACAAUAUACUUGGCAAGAGCACCAAAAUCACGAUUAAUGGAAGAUGCUCUUAGAGCUGCUCAGAGAGUAGUAGCCGAACACAAAGGUUCUCAACCAGCAGUACCCUUACAUUUAAGAAAUGCUCCAACAAAACUGAUGAAAAAUCUUGGAUACAGUAAGGGUUAUAACAUGAGACAUAAAGAUGAAUCAGGAUUAAAUUAUUUACCAGAAGGAUUAGAAAAUGUAAACUUUUUUGACUUUGAUGAAAGCUGUAUUGUAUGAAUAUUUUCAUUUGAAUGAGAAUAUGUAAGUUUUUGUUAUAUUACAUAUACAGUAUUACUUAAGAAAUGGAAAACAUAGUGUAUAAACUGUACUAGUUAUCAAAC